AUGACGACCGGGAUCGCCAACGGGCACGCCAACGGGCACGCCAACGGGCACGCGAACGGCGUCGCCCUGAAAGAGCCGGCGCUGGCAGCAGACGCCAAGGAGGCCCCCGUCCGGGUCGCCGAGGCCGCCGAGGCCGAGACUCAGGGGUCGCCGCUGUACCCCAAGUCCAGGCUCAGCCUGGUCGACCGUUUCAUCGACGAGCCUCGGUCCCUGAGGGUGGCCGUCAUCGGCGGGGGUCUCGCGGGGGUCCUGGCCGGGAUCCUGUUCCCGGCCAAGGUGCCCAACAUCCAGCUGACCAUCUACGAGAAGAAUCACGACUUUGGCGGCACAUGGCUGGAGAACGUGUACCCGGGCGUCCGGUGCGAUAUCCCAUCCCACGUGUACCAGGCCACAUUCGAGCCAAAGCGGGACUGGUCCGACCAGUUCUCGCCCGGCGCAGAGAUCCGGGACUACUGGCAGGGGGUGGCCCGCAAGCACGACGUCUACCGCUUCGCCAAGUUCCGGCACCGGGUCGAGGCCGCCGACUGGGACGCCGACCGGGGCGUGUGGCGGCUGGUGGUGCGGGACCUCGGCGCGGACAAGGAGACGGUCGACGAGGUAGACGUGCUGUUCACGGCCAUCGGCCGGUUCAACGCCUGGAAGCUGCCGGACUACCCCGGGAUGAGCGAGUACCGCGGGCUGCUGAGGCACGCCUCCAACUGGGACCCCUCCUUCGACCCGCGGGGCAAGAGGGUCGCGGUGAUCGGGAACGGGGCCAGCGGGAUCCAGCUGGUGGCCAACCUGCAGAAGGUGGUGGCCCGGCUCGACCACUACGCCCGCAACCGGACCUGGAUCGCGGCGUCGUGGGCCGGCGACGAGCGGACGCUCGAGGCCCAGCCGAUCCCGCCGGAGCAGCAGGAGUCGUUCAGGGACGACCGGACCUACCUGGCCUUCCGCAAGGAGCUCGAGGACAAGUACUGGCGCCGCUUCGGCAGCUUCUUCCGCGGCUCCGACCUCAACCGGGAGCUGCGCGACCGCUUCGUCGACAUCAUGCGCAGGCGGCUGGCCAGGAAGCCCGAGCUGCUCGCCCACAUGAUCCCGGACUUCUCUCCCAACUGCCGCCGCCUGACCCCGGGGCCGGGCUACCUCGAGGCCCUGACGGAAGACAACGUCGACUACAUCCGCACCCCGAUCCGCCGCCUCACCGAGACCGGCAUCGAGACCGAAGACGGCCGGGUCCGCGACGUCGACGCCAUCUUCUGCGCCACCGGCGCCAACGUCGACUCGGUCCCGCCCUUCCCCAUCCGGGCCCGCGGCCGGGACCUGCGCGACCUGUGGCGGCCCGACGGCGCUGCUGCUGGCGAGAAGGAGAAGGAGAAGGGGGAGGAGAGGGAGGAGGGCAAGGAGAGCGAGUCCUACGGGUUCCCCUACACGUACCUCGGCCUGGCCACGCCCGGGUUCCCCAACCUCUUCUUCGUCCACGGCCCGCACGGGACGGGCCCGUCCGGGACGGUGCCGCACAGCGUCGAGACGCAGCUGACGUACUACGCCAAGGUGCUGCGCAAGAUGGGCCGCGAGGGCAUCCGGUCGCUGCAGCCGUCGCGGCGGGCGGCGGACGACUUCCUCGAGUACGCCGACGCCUUCUUCGCCACCACCGUCCUGGCCGACGGCUGCAGCUCCUGGUACAACGGCGGCCGCCCGGGCGGGCGCAUCCACGGCGUCUGGCCCGGCAGCGCCGGCCACGUCACCGCCGUCCGCCGCGAGCCCCGCUGGGAGGACUGGGAGUACGAGUACCUCUCGGACACGGGCAACCGCUUCGCCUGGUACUUUGGCAACGGCUGGACCAAGAAGGAGCAGGAUCCCGCCUCCGACAUGACCUCGUACCUCAAGCUGCCCGGCGAGAUCGACCUCAGGAACCUGCACGAGCCCUGGUGGGAUCUUCCAUGA